AUGACAUCUUCAACAUCGAUUCAAAUGCAAAAAAUGGGCGUGAGAUUCAAACCGCCGACAAUCUUUCUGUUCUAUACGGACACAUCGACAGGUAAAUUUCGUCGUCGUACCGUUCAAUUGGAUGAUUUUACAAAAACUACGAAGAUUAAUGAUUAUGCCCAAGAACUUCAUGAUGACAAAAGAACGAAAAGUCGAAAUCUCUUCCGACAUAUUCCUUUACGACGAAUCGAACGACUUCUAUUCGUUUUAAAAGAAGGUUUAACAUCGAAUAUAUCAAAAAAUGAAAUUGAAAAGAAACUACGGCAAUUCGACGAAAUAGAUAGUGAUGAAGAUCUCAAUAAACUCGAUGAUGAUGAAUUAAAACACAAAAAAUUGAUCAUGGAUGAAACUUUCAAAAAGAACUACGUCGAUCCGUCGUCGAAAGACUAUGUUUACGAUGUUGCUGUCGACUUUGAACAACCUGAGGGAGGCGAUCAGCACGCAUCUGAAUGGGAUUCGACAGAAGCAGACGAAGUGGAAGAAGAUAUCAAAGCAGAAGAUAUCGAAGACGAUGAUGAUGAUGAUUUUAAUUGA